AUGGCCGCCUCCAUGAGACGUGCCCGCUACAAAGAUGGCCGUCCCGCCGUUUCCGGUGUCGGUGACAUCAUCGGGGGAGCGGAGCAGCAGCGAUGGCGGUUUUCCCCGGAGCGCGAGCGAGGAGGCGGCGGCGAUGAUGCACAGAAAGCGCAAUGGAGAGAGAACAAGAUGAGGAAGAAGAAGAAAGCGCUGCUGGCCUUCAAGAAGCAGAGUUCAGGAGCUCAGAGCAGCCAGGGAGGCAUCAAUCGCUCGCUGUACGACCAGUCGCUGACUGACACAGCCACGGCCACAGUGGAGGCCAAGAAGCUGGUGAAGACGGGAGCCAUCAGUGCCAUCACAGCCGAGAACAAGAACUCCGGCUUCAAGCGCUCACACACCCUGGAGGGGAAGCUCAAGAUGGGCGGGAAUCACAAGUCUCACAACUUCACUGCCGGUUAA